AUGCUGACUUUCCUCGCCAUCUUGAUGGUACUGUCAGCGCUGCCGCCGGGGAACGAUUGCAAGGCUGACCCGGUCGGUGCGUUUCUCAACCUGUUCCAGAAGUGCGAAGUGUUGAAGAAUUUCAUGCCGAUGAGCACUGCAAAAGCUGAAAUUUGGUCUCCUGUCCUCGCCAACGAUAACACUUCCUAUGACAUUUCCAAAACGCUUCUUGACUUGCGCGAAAGCGAAACUGGACACGAGACGUAAGUGGAGAACGCACUUUCUAGGCGACAAGUUUUUUACAAAACAAUUUUUUUUCGGGUGAGGACUUGCUGAUUUUUAAAAUUUUUCUCGUUGUGAAUGCACCGUGCAUAACAUUCUUUUUGGAGAUAUCUUAAGAGAGACACUAAUAUGCUUUCCACGUUUACAGGUCAUUAAUUCGUGCAAUUUGGAGUCAUGAUAUGACACGGUUCGGAAUCACCAUUGACCAAGAGUAAGUGGACGAUCGACAUGACUCUUUUUUCAGCAUAUUAAGAGUAUUCAAAUGGAAGGACGGUGGUAACGAGAUGGAUUUAGUGGACUUCCGUACCGAGUGUGGCUUCGCAACCGAAGAUUACGUCUACGCCGUGCUUUCAACGGAGGAUGGAGUUAAAAAAUUUGCUCGUUGGAAAGUCGAUUUGAGCGGCGAACUUGAAAUUCUCGGCAACGCCAACCCUGAUGGUAGUUGGCUCUUCUUUCAAUACGCGUCGGGACCCACGUACUAUUUGUCGGGCGAUAAAUGUCUUCAAAUCGAUGAUCUCAAGCAGUUGGUGAGUCGGAGAAAAAAUUUAUUUGUUGAGGGAAACACUUGACUCAUUUAGGAACACUUGACUUAAUGGGUCGAGUCUUUCUCCUAAUACUAGGCGCACGAAGGACGGAAAGGUCCGCUAAAAAAGGAAAGAGGAGGCGCAAAAACUUACUUUUUUGGCUAAAAAGUACAAACCGUUCAAGAAAUUUUUUGGUUUUCAGUCUGAAGGUUACCAAAACUUCCGCGAAUGCAACACCUCCCAAGGAAUGUUCGCUUUCUCCGAUCUGUACGAAUGGUACAGUCUGGUAGGCCUUGCACAAGUUUUAAUGCUCUGGUUUAUCAAUAAAGUUUACAAUUUCCUCUCGUUUUCAGAGUGCGUUCGCUUGGCUAACAAAAGAGUGCGAUGGUGAGAUUUGGAGCAAUUAUGACAACCACGCUUCGAUCAAGAUUCGAUUCCUCCCGGAUGAUUCACCGGUAAGAAAAGGGAAGAGGUUCGAGAGGAAACGGGUCGUACUAUGCAAAUGAAAUUAUGAUAAGAAAAAGGGCUGAUACAAUUGUGAUUCACAAUGCGAAGCGACUGCUCAUAACACAUCAUAACACUGGUCUUUUUUCAGGCGGUUCCAGGAAACGAAACAGUGUCCACGAUUAGGUGAGAAGAAAAGUCUUGACAUGUGUUUGCAUUGUGCGGUCAUGGCGUUUUGCGAUGUUCAGCACGGUGCGACGGAAGAGCGCACUAUGCUAUUUUACGCGCUCAACAUAAGCUGCAACUCACGGCAACGCGAAAUAAACGAAAAAUUCGUCCCGCCCACUUUUUGAGUUUUGUCCAAACGAAAUGUCACAAUUGAUAAAAAAAUAAGUGACACCCGCUCAUUUAAACCCCCCCCCCCCGCCCCCCCCUCCCCAUAUUUUUUGUAAAUAGUGACCCCCUCGCCCCACAAAGUACUAUGCACACAUGUCAAGACUUUUAGGCCACAUUCUAGUAGCACAACAACAACAGAAGGGAUAACGGGGUAAGUCGAGCGGCAAGUCGCCAUAAAACUCAUCUUUAAGCCGUCCUCCGUGCCCUAACCUCACCACCCUCUAUUCGAUUGUGUUUUCGGGUCUGGCCAUAUCUCUUAUAUCGAUCAGUAUCGCCAACGGAAUGUUCUGGAUCCACAUGCGGAGAAAACUUCGGGUAAGCGCCAUGUUUUUCUAGGAGCAGUUUAUUCCUUAAAAAAUAAGGCUAAAAAAUUCGAAAAAAAUCGAAUAACAAUUCUUUUAGGAAGCAAGAUUGCAAGCAGCGCAUUUUGAAUCUUUGCAUGAUAGCAACAGCAACGCUAGCACUCGGAAAGGAACAACAUACACAACCACCACUAUGGCAGACUCCUCCUCAAUAACAAAAAUCUCACGAAUGGAAACGAUGGCACCGCUCACUGUUGAGGGAUUGCCCAAGGUAAGGAAGACCAAAAUAUUGUUUUAUUUUUUACAGGACGCCGUGACAAAUCUUUUAUUGAGCCCGGAAAUUGAGAAGAUUUUCGACCAGAAUGAAGUCGAAGGCGUCGAGGCAGAGCUCCCCCAUAAACCCCUGGAAAGGCAGCCGGAACCUCAGGAGGGAUUCUUUUGUACCGUCGGAAAGAUUGGGGUCACCAUCCCGGCCAAGACAUUCGACAAAACUUUUGGGGAAUUCGAAAUGGAAAUGGGUGGAGAGUUGUGCACGGUGCAGUUUGAAGAUGUGAAAUCUGAGUUGAAUAGGAUUGAGGUAAGUGGGGAAAAUAGAGAAAAUAACUUAUUGUGACAUAAUAAUAAUGGUAUUCUAGGCGAUGGCAGCGGUAAUGAGACAAGCCAAAAAGUGUCAGGUGAAUGGAACCAUUCCCGAAUUCAUCGUCACGGCCCAAUUGGACGCCUUCAAUUUCCGGCUGAUGGUAACGAAAAAAGUAAGUUGUAAUCUUAUUUUGCGAUAAAAAAACGGACCGUUUUUUCACCGUUGGAUAUGAAAAGGCCAGCAGAAAAAAAAAUUGUGCUCUGUGAGAGCUGAAGGGUGUAGAGUGAUUUAUUCCUCCCUCUAAAGUGGCAUGCUCGCAAAAAAUGGGCAGGUACAACUUUAGGGCCGGGCACUAGGUUAGUUUUGCCGUUUAAACUAGACUUAUUUUAUGGAAUAGCAGCUUGAACGAGGGAACAAACACGUGGACCAAGUACAACAUAAGAAUUUUUGUGAAACUCGAUGUUUCUGAUUGGAAAUUGAUUAGAAUAAAGCUAAUGUCCUAUUCUACAUAGAUCUAUAAUUAGGCUUGAAAACAGGUCAGCACAGUAAGAAAUAAAACUUACAUUGUCCAUGGCACAACAAGAAUCGCAACAUUCCAAGAUUUAGUGGAUUAUCGGAAGAGAAAAUUGGCAAUAGAGACAUCAAAUCGCACGAGGGAGCGGGUCUAGAUAAAAUUUCAUUUUUGGAAAAAUUCCAGGUUGUCUUCACGGUGAAAACCUGGCUCGAACACGAGAAAAAACAAAAAAAAUCUCGCGUAGUAAAGAAGUCCUGUGUCAACUGUUCCCCUGGUUUUGAACAAUAGACCAGGAGAACAAAUUCGGCAAAAAAUUCUAUCCUGCAAUACUAUUUUUGCAAAACAUAUGAAGAUCAAAAAAAUAAAUUGGAUUUUUGGAAUCCGCGCAAUCGUUACCCUAGACAUGGCCGCAUAAUUCUGAGUCUCGAAACGAGCAUUUUGUUUGCGGAAAAAAAUAAAACGCAAUGCCAAGACACGAUUGAUUUUUUCGGGAUACUUUUGUUUUUAAAAUAGCUUUGGAAUAUAGGAAUCGUUCUGCAGAAAGGGCAGUAAAUACAGGACUUUGAAGACGGUGUUAUCAAUAAUAUCUUCGUUCUGAGUAUCGAAGCGUUUGCGGAUAAAAUGAAAUACGCCAAUUAAUUUGUUCUCCAUCUAAAAGAAUGUGCUUUUUCAGCUUGGUCCGUCCAUCGAGAAACAAGUUCUGAGUGGUAACCUGAGCACCGAAGAGAGGUUGAAACUGGUCUCCCUGACCUUCAAUUGCAUGGAGGACCUUCUCUUUUCCAAUAUUAUCCAUCGGGACAUCAAACCUUCCAGUUUUCACUAUGACUUUCUUGGCUCAAAACUCCUCAUUUCCAACCUUGGACUAGCCAGAAUCACUCCAAAGUCCCCUCGUCUCAAGGUGCCAUUCUUCGGGAACCUCACUUUCUGCAGUCCAUCCACCCAUUUGAAUCUGGAGAGGGCUCAUUUUGAUGACAUGAUCAGCUAUUUUUUUGUGGUCAUGUGGAUUUUCAACAAGGAUUCGCUGAUCUGGAGUACCGAGACUGAUGUAAGGAGCUUUUUCACUCGUUACAGGCCUCAUUCUAUUAUUACAUUAGCUUGUUUUACCCUUAUUUUUUAGAAAACCGUCGUUUAUCAGCUCAAAUCUGAUAUAAUGGAGGGGAAGGUGCUUGAAGAGCGUAUGGAAAAGUUCAUCAAGGACCAGAAGAUCAAAGAUUUUAUGAACCAACUCUUCCGUAUGAUCCUCAAAUUACCCCCAAAGCGACCAUCUUAUCGGAAAAUCAAGGAACUCAUCGAAAAGAACAGCUCGUAG